AUGCCUGCCCCAGCCGCUAUCGGCUCAGAGUUCAAUGCCGGUGAUAUCGCAUGGACAUUGACUUCAACAGCUCUAGUCUGGCUCAUGAUCCCUGGCAUUGGUUACUUCUACUCGGGCAUGGCUCGAUCCAAGAAUGCACUCUCGUUGAUCAUGCUGUCUUGCUGCUCUGUCGCAGUAGUUUCAUUUCAGUGGUUCUUAUUUGGCUAUUCACUUGCAUUCAGUAAAUCUGGCUCCAAGUUCAUUGGGAAUUUCGAGAAUGCAUUUUUCCGUGGUGUACUCGGUGCGCCUUCAGUCGGUAGUGCCAAGAUCCCAGACCUGGUCUUCAUGAUCUUCCAAUCCAUGUUCGCAGCUCUUACACCAGCCCUGGCCAUUGGAGCUGCUGCAGAACGCGGACGAAUUGUUCCGACCCUUGUCUUCAUCUUUCUUUGGACUACAUUUGUCUAUGAUUUUAUCGCAUGCUGGACCUGGUCAAGUAACGGAUGGUCAUUUGUGAUGGGAGGCCUUGAUUUCGCAGGUGGCACUCCCGUUCACAUAUCUUCCGGUGCAGCCGCAUUGGCCUAUGCGUUCGUCUUGGGCAGGCGUAUAGGAGAUCGGAAAGAUUUUAGGCCCCAUAGUAUGAGCAAUGUGGUCAUUGGAACGUGCUUCAUUUGGUUUGGUUGGUUCGGUUUCAACGGCGGCUCCGCAUUGUCUGCUAAUUUGAGGGCUGCUAUGGCCUGUGUCGUGACCAACCUGUCUGCCUCUACUGCGGGUUUGACUUGGGUCCUUAUGGACUAUCAUCAUGAUCGCAAGCUAUCCGUCUUGGGAUUCUGCUCUGGUGCUGUUGCGGGCUUAGUUUCGAUCACACCCGCCUCAGGAUACGUCUCUCCAGGCUCAAGUGUCGCUAUUGGGUUCCUGGGCGCUGUGGCCUGCAACCUGGCAGUCCGUUUGAAGCAUUACCUCAAGUACGACGAUGCGUUCGAUGUUUUUGCGGUCCAUGGAGUUGGUGGUAUUGUUGGGAAUAUUUUGACUGGAGUCUUUGCACAGGCCUCGAUCGCAGCAUUAGAUGGCGUGACUGUGAUCAAUGGUGGAUGGUUGGAUCAGAAUUGGAUCCAAGUUGCCUACCAGCUCGUGGACUCUGCUGCAGGCUUGGGUUGGUCCUUUUGUGUGACCUAUUUGAUCUUAAUUAUCAUGAACAAGGUCCCUGGCCUGAACCUGAGAGCGCACUCUGAUCAUGAACACAGAGGUCUGGACUUGGCCGAGCUAGGUGAAGCAUGUUAUGAUCAUUUGAACGAAAAGGCAGUCAACCCCAAUGUUGAAGUGGGCAAUGCUCAGGGCGGUGUCCUUACUUCUGAGGGCCUUGGACAGGAGAUUAAAGCCGAAAGUUCUCAUCCUUAG